UUACCCUAUACUCCCAUUCAUAAACCUGUCAUGCUGCAGGAGGUUCUUGAUCAAAUUUCACCUUCUCCCGGACACAUUUAUGGUGACAUGACAUUUGGUGACGGUGGCUAUACAAAGGCGCUCCUAGAUUCGUGUGAUUGUAAAGUCGUAGCUGUUGAUCAAGAUCCAACUGCAUAUGAAAAGGCUCUUCAAAUGGCGUCUAUGGACUGUUACAGGAGUCGAUUAUAUCCUUUAUUAGGUCGAUUUGGGGACAUACAUCACUUGAUGAAGACACAAUUAUCAUGGAGUCUUCCUUGCUUUGAUGGCAUGGUCAUGGAUAUUGGUGUUUCUAGUGGUCAAGUAGAAACGGCUUCAAGAGGAUUCUCAUAUAAACUGGAUGGACCAUUGGAUAUGCGAAUGUUUUCUAGAGGAAGGAAUACAGAUUUGACUAUUGUCGACACAAAAGAACGAGAAUUAUUACGGAAAUCCAUUUCUGCUUAUGAAAUUGUCAAUUUUUAUUCUCGUGAACAUAUUGCCAACAUUAUCUAUCAGUAUGGUGGGGACCGAUUAUCAAGAAAGAUAGCAGCUGCUAUUGUGGAUGCAAGACAAUUGGAACCUAUAGAAACAACAGGUCGACUUGCAUCAAUCAUUCAAAAGGUUUGUCCUCAACCUCGAUGGAAACGUGGAGAUGAUGAUAUGUUACGAAACUCUGCAGCAAGGACUUUUCAAGCAUUAAGGAUUUAUAUCAAUGAUGAAUUGGGAGAAUUGGAAAACGCAUUACGGGCAAGU